GGACUCUGGUGAACUGCGGUAUACAAAUUUGAUGUUAGCAGUGACUAUAUACAAAUGUAUUAGUAUAUAAAUACACCAUAAUACUGCAUAAUACACGAGUUAGCUUUUGCUUUGUACCAAAGCAUUGAAUAAUAUUCAACGUAUAAUAAUUUCUUUGUAAUGAAUUAAUGUGAUAAAUUUAUUGUACAAUGAAAAAGAUCAUUCAAAAAUUAUUAAUAGAUUCAAUAAAACUACGUAAUUUAUCAACUUUAUCAAAUUAUAGUACAUUACAAAACUAUGUAAAUUCUUCACAAGAUACUUUGGAAUGUAAAGGAUUAGAAAAGCACAAGGAAGAUAUAAAGAAAUUGAAUCCUUUAAGUUUAGAUGAUGGUCUUAAAACCAUUAUUAAAAACAUCCAACAAAAUGAUAAAAAUAUGGAUGUAAAAGAGGCUAUUAAAGUUAUGAAUAUUUUAAAAAUUACAUUUAACAAUGAUAAAGAAUUAUCUUGUAUGAAUAUAAAAGAUUCUGAAGAAUUUGUACAUGUAUGUAAAGUGAUACAUAAAAAUGUAAGGUCCUUACACAUGUAUGAUAUGAUACGAAUUUUACGAAUUCUAUUAUUUUUUAAUGUUAGUCCUAAAAGUGUAUUAAUUCAAACGUUACUUCAAUUAAUAUCCGCCUCCUUGAAUAAUUUAUCUAUUGGGGAAAUAAUAAUUUUAUAUAAUACAUUAAAUAGAUUAGAAAAAUUGCCUUUGAUUAAAUCUUUACUUAUCGCUUUGCCACAUGUUUUUAAACAAAGAGCACUGCUUGAACUUGAUGAAGAAAGUAAUAAUUUAUUGAAAGCUCUCAAAUUUUCUUUUGUUAUAAACGAUCUAAAAACAAAACUAUACAUUAUUAAUAUUUUACGCAAAAGUAAAAAAAAUAUAGCAUUAGAAGAUAUUGUAGAUAUUUUUUAUGCAUUGUAUACUUUACCUGAAAUGAAUUCAGCUUCUAUAAAUCUUCUGUUUAAAAUAAAAAAUAAAAUAAGAAUCAAUUGUCAAUCUUUCACAUUCAAUGAGAUACAGCUAUUACUCAAUUAUAUUUCUACAAAAGUUGCAAAUGCAGAAAUGAAGUUUUAUUGUGAAGACAUAGUAGAUGGAUUAUGUAAUGCCAUAAUAAAACAUGAUGUUACUUUUCACCAGAAUAUACUUAUUCUGAGGUGUUUAAAUAAAAUGCGGCAUAGCAAUAUUUCAUUAUUGGACCAUUUAGCAAAAAAACUUGUGGAGAAUAGGAAUAUUUUAAAACAGUGUACCAUUUUCGACAUAGAUCAUUUUAUAAAAAGCUUUAUCAUAGCUGAUUAUAAACCAUCUAGUUGGGAAAUUAUACAAACAAUGUUACUCAAUUUUGUUACAAAUGUCGAUUAUACAGCGCAGAAUUCAGUAUCUGUUGCUUUUCGUUUGCUGUCAUUGAAUUGUUAUUGCCCUGAAUUGGUUGAAAAAGCUUUUACUUUAAGUCAACCCCAUUUAAUGAAAUUAAGGAAUGAACAAAUUAUACUAACUAUUUUAAAAUUACAUUGGUGUGUUAAACUACUUUGCCCUGAAUAUAAUGGAGUUACACUAUAUGAAAAUGUAUUAGAUCAAAUUAAUAUAAACUACAAGAGAGAUGAAGUUCCUUCCUUAUUAGAAAAUUUGAAAGAAGCAUUAGGAGGUGCUGACUGCAUAAUGAGUGGUUUAACAACAAAAUUUGGUGAAUUUAUUGAUUAUGUUGUUGUCAUACAACCAAAUGGUUUGCCUAUGGAUGUUAGCAAUUACAAUGCUAAUAUCAGAUUUGUUGAAGAGUUAGAAUCACUAUCAGAAUGUUACAAAAUUCUUUUUUUGGCAUUUCCGGAAAAAGCAUAUUCUCUUAAUAAACGAAAUAUGUUAAGCACAGUAAAGAUGGAAUUGAAAGCAAUUGAAACAUUAAAAGGAUUUUACACUAUUGUUAUAAAUCCAUACUUAUGGAAAGUUUUGCCUAACAACGAAAAAGUAUCAUAUCUACAACAAACUAUCAAAUCAAAAUGUAAUAUUUCAGGUAUUCCAAAAUAUUACUGAUAUCGCUAAAAUUAGGAUUUUCAAUAUUAAAAAAGUUUGUAGUGAAUUGUUCACGUAACAAUUUAUUUAUAUGAAAAUAUUUAUAACAUCAACAAUAAAAUUGUAUGAUUCUGGACUAUAUGUAUUUUAUACAUACUUCUACAAAAUUUUUAUUACAUAAUAAGAAGUAAAAUCCCUUAUAUACUAAUUUGAAUAUAUCAGUGAGUAUUUUUAUAAACAUAGUAUAUAAGUAACACAUAUAGAUAAUAUCUAUUAAUAUAUAAAUCAAGUUUUAUAUUUUCUUUCCACAUUUUCUUCCUUGACAGUAAAAUAUAUUGAUGUUAUGAUUAUUAUAAAAGGUAUACCUAUUUCAAUAAAUUCACAAAUAACGUACAUUUUUGAAUAUGGCAGGAGACAAUGUAUCAAUGACAAAAUAAUGAAAAUAUUAAAUAGCACCAAGUAGCACCAUUUUUAUAAUAACAAAUGAUUAUAAUAUUACUGAUUUAAACCAAACAAUUUUAAAGCAUUAAAAGCAGUAGCCAAGGCAACCUCUUCUGGAGAAAUUUGCAUAAAUGCUGCUACCAUUUCCACUAUUGCUGGUAAGGCACACGGUUCGUUACGUUGAAAAGUACAGUAACGGUGAAGAAACGUCAUGGAUCGUUCGGUAAGAGCAUCUUUAACGUGUACAGGUAAUUUACUGGCUCUAGUAUUCGGAUACAUAAAUGGGGCGUCUGUUUCUACUAAUAUUCUCUCUAAGGGUGCAAGUCUUCUUUCCAAUAGUUGUCUUAUUCCACUAUCAGAUUUAUCUUUACAUAAAUAUCCUGUAAUUCCUAAAUAAAAUCCAUGAUCUAAAUAAAUUUGUGCUUCUUUUGCAGUUCCAAUAAACGAAUGGAUUAAAACUGGUGGUAAACAACUUUUAUAAUGAUUCAAUACUUCUAAGACAUCUGUUUGAGCGCCUCUUUCGUGUAUUAUAAGCGGCUUAGUUAACUGACAUGCAAGUUCUACUUGUUUAUGAAAUACAGCACGCUGUGUUUCAGGAUCAGAGAAAUCACGACUAUAGUCUAAACCACAUUCUCCUAUUGCUACGCAUUCUGGAUUGUUAGCUAUACUUUCAAGUUCUUGCAAAGUAUCGGGAUUUUCCCAUGAUUUUGCAUCAUGAGGAUGUACUCCAGCAGUAGAAUACAGAGUACCAGGAUAUAUCCUAGUUAACCGUAAUGCUUCUUUACUAGAACGAAUACUUGCACCUGUUACCAUAAUCUUUUGUACCCCGGCAUCCUUUGCCCUUUGAAUUACGCUAUCUAAAUCUCUGCUAUAUUUUUUAUUCGUUAGAUUGGCACCAACAUCAACUAUAAUAUAAUUUUCAUAACAUUGUGUCAUAGCUGAGGAAAUAGCUUUUUCCUCUGCAUUUGAUGCAGUAACAUUUUCAGCCAUUCCUCAACGUUUAAUUACAAUAUCUGAAAUAAAAUGAAGAUAAUAAUUAUUAAAACAUAUUAUUUUCAUUGUAAAACAUAUACUGGUGUAAUACAGCAGAAUAUAACAGUUUGAAACGUCAAGUAAUAAAAUAAGUUAUGCAAUAUUUACUAAACAAGCAAAAAUAUUUAUAACAGUUGUUCAUUACAAAAUGAAUCUUCAUCCAGUACAUGUUGUGUAUUCAUUUACUAAAAAUAUUCUGCUUAUAAACAGCAAUAAAAAGACGCAAUAUAUAAUAAUGGAACUUAACCUAUGUUAACAGAAAUAAAAGAAAACAACUUAUACAUAAUUAUCAAUAAGUAAUACAUGUAGUAAAAACAUAUUUUAGACACUAACAAUAAAAUUCAAAAUACAUCUGUUGCCACAGCUCGUCGAAAUAGUCUCAAAUUAAUCCGUGAUGUCAAAGUCUGGAUUCUUGAAUGUGAUUUGUAAGAACACUUGAGAUAUGUAUAUAUAUAUGUAUUUAUAUACAUAAAGAUAUUUUAUCAAUUAAAUCGUAAUUUUCUUUUUUUCAGGUAUUUAGAAUCGAAAUAUUAAUACAUACAUAAUGUUUAAUCAUGCAACGAUACACACAAUCUAUAGUGUUGUCUUCGGCAUAUAUAUGAUUAAUUCUGUUAAUAAAUUGACUCAAUGUGAAAUACAUUGGCCCUUCAGGGUAUUGAAUCAUACAAACAUUUACUGCACAAAGUUAUAUCCUAUAUUUUAGGAUUCUACAAAAUAUUAUUUUAUAAUUUAUGUUAUUUAUGUGUAUGUAUUUUAUAUAUAUUUAUAUACAUACUUAUUAUAUAAAUAGUAGUAGAGAAAUUUGUAUAUUUGUUGUAAUACUAUAGUUUACUGUUAUAAACUAAACUGGCGUAAACUUGCAUAGCGGUGUAUUGGUUGUGGGACUUGAAACAACUUGAAAGACGAACAUCUUCGGAAACGUUGUUAUAAUUAUCAU